AUGGAUUUAUAAUGAUUUUUAGGGAACAAAUUUAAUGUCAUUUUUAUUUUAAACCUGUCAAUAUUUUCAAAUUUUAAAUUGAAUUCUUCCCUAUGUUAAAAUUGUGAUUCGAUGCUAAAGAAGAUCAUAAAAAUAUAUAAAUCGACCGUAUAUGUGUUACAGAACCUGAAUUCGAAAAAAGUCAACGACAAAGUAAAUCGGCUUUCGUUCGAAAAAAUUUUGAGCAUUUCGAUGUUAGGGAAGGUCAAAAACAACAUGUCCCCUUCGGGCUUAUUGUCGCAGACUCCGCGCAAAUCCCUUCCGGACUUCGAAACAGAAGGAACGUCCUUGUUAGGUUGCGCUUGCAUGGGCGACAAAACCCCUGGAGCUGUUAGCGGAUUCGAUAGACUCAACAAUCCUGCUCUUAACAAGAGCCUAGCUUUCUCCAUCAACGAACGCCAACUGCUCGGCAUCCACGGUCUCCUGCCGCCCGUCGUCAAAACACAAAACGAGCAAAUUAAACACUGCAAACUACGGCUAGACCGCCUAAACGACCCUUUGGACAAAUACAUUUACUUGAUGGACCUAUUGGACUUCAACGAGAAAUUGUUGUACGCAUUCGUCAAAAACCACAUCCAAGAAACGAUGCCCCUGCUGUACACUCCAACUGUAGGAAGCGCUUGCCAGAAAUGGGGAUUCAUUUACAGGAGACCAAGAGGCGUCUAUAUUACCAUGUACGACAAAGGCCACGUUUACGAAGUUUUGAAAAAUUGGCCGGAAUGCGAUGUAAGGGUCAUAGUGGUAACAGACGGUGAAAGAAUUUUGGGGCUUGGUGAUCAAGGAGCUUGCGGUAUGGGAAUUCCAGUGGGUAAACUAGCUUUGUACACCGCUAUAGCCGGAAUCAAGCCUCAUUUUUGUCUACCGAUAACUAUUGACGUUGGUACUAACAACGAAUGCCACAUUAAAGAUCCUCUGUACCCCGGCAUAAAAGAGAAACGUCGCACCGGGAAGGAGUACGAUGAACUAAUCGACGAAUUCAUGAAAGGGGUCGUGCAAAGGUGGGGUUCGCAUUGCUUGGUGCAGUUCGAAGAUUUUGGUAACAAAAACGCAUUUAGGUUUUUGGAGAAGUACAGAAACUACUUCUGUAUGUUCAACGACGAUAUACAAGGCACUGCUAGUGUAGUUCUUGCAGGAUUAAUCGCCGCCAUGAGAAUAACAAAAAAUAAAUUAAUCGACCACGUUAUUUUAUUCCAAGGAGCAGGUGAAGCCAAUAUUGGUAUAGCCAAUUUAUGCGUUUUAGCAAUGAUGACCGAUGAGAACAUAACGGAGGAGAAAGCUCGCGAAAAAAUUUGGAUGGUGGAUUCGAAAGGCUUAAUAGUGAAAAGCAGGAAUGAACUGGAAAUUCAGAAAAGACCUUUCGCUAAAGACCAUGAGGCGUUAAAGGAUUUACUUGAUGUAGUAAAGAAAGUGAAACCGACGAUUCUCGUGGGAGCAGCGGCGGUUCCUGGUUCUUUUACGCCGGAAAUAUUGCAGGAAAUGGCUCGCAAUAACGAGAGGCCCAUCGUAUUUGCUUUGAGUAAUCCAACGUGCAAAGCAGAAUGCACCCCACAACAAGCUUAUGAAGAAACUAAAGGUAAAGUGAUAUACGCCAGCGGCAGUCCUUUUCCUCCUGUUACGUAUAACAACCAAACUUUUAUUACCGGACAAGGCAACAAUGCUUACAUAUUUCCAGCAAUUGGGCUAGCUACAAUGUGCGCUGGUAUACCGAAUUUAAGUGACGAUUACUUCUUCAUAGCAGCAGAAGCUUUGGCUAAUCAAGUGAAAGAGAGUUAUUUAGAAGAAGGCUGCAUUUACCCGCCUAUCGACAUGCUUCCGGAGUGUUCCAUAAAAGUCGCUUCAACGGUGGUGGAAUACGCUUACAAAAGAGGAUCAGCAACGGUAUUACCGGAGCCCAGCGACAAGGAGAAAUUCGUUAGGGCGCAAUUGUAUCGUACAGAGUACGAACCCGCCAUUCCCAGUUUCUAUGAAGUACCUUUAGGUGACCAAAAAAACAUAUAAAUGAAUAUCGCUGCUAAUCUAAAUACAAUCAAUAGAUACUAAUCGGAAUUUUAAAUCAUUUGUAAUAAAAUCGAAAGAACUUAGCAA